GCAAGUUUUAGUAUUGCUGAUAAUGUUAGCUAUCGCAUCCUGGGAUCUGCAGAGCUAACGUUACACUGGACUUGUACCCAGGUAAAAAAAGAUGACGAAGUCUGGAAACAAGUGGAGAAAAGAGAUGGACACUUGCGGUGCAAGACCUGAAUUGCAGUGGAAAAUCAUACAGUGAUUACUGAACAUUUUGCCACCAUGAAGGACGAUGGUUGUCUUCAAAUACUGGCUCUCCAGCUUCCUCUCCUGCCAGGAAGGCCUCUCCUUUUGGGCCUUGCCCGGCUUGGAUUGGCUCGUAUCAGGCUCUGCCUCAGGCGGGGAGUCCCUCUGGAGGGUGUUGGUGACCUGGAAGUCCUUCAAAGGAUGGCAGUUCUCCACCUCAGGGAGGAUGAAGGUGUAGCUGCAGGGGCCGUGCUGCACGCGGUGCUGUUGGCGCUCUGAGCCAAUCGCGGCAGCCAGCAGGUAGGCCAGGUAUCAGCUGCUUCCGUCUAAAUGUGGCCACAUACACAGUCUGGUGUUGGAGCAGCUUAAGUCCUUGUGAUGGAAACACUAACAUCAGUUCUCUCCAUCCUCUUGAGUGGAUUUUUUCGGGGCAGUGCACAUAGCCCCCGAUCACCUCCACCACCAGCACCACCACCACCUCCCCCCUCCUUCCUCUCAGACAGCUUUGCUCCACCAGUUCUGCGCUGUGCUGGCCUGGAGAGGAGUAAAGGAGCGGAAAGAGGAGCGAGCAGAGAGGACUUGGUGAAGCGAGGAGAGACGGACAGGGGAGAGGGACCAUGGCUGCUCUCUCUGCCUUGUUGAAGACCUGGGUAAUACUCCAGACCUUGUGCCUGGCUCUGGCCCAAGUGAAUGGUCCACCUGGACCUCAGGGCCCGCCCGGCCCACCAGGCCCUUCUGGCACUCCUGGGUCAGACGGCAUUGAUGGAGAUAAAGGACCUCCUGGGCCCCCUGGUCCACCUGGACAAAAGGGAGAGCCAGGAGAGCCAGGUCCUGAUGGAGCACCAGGAGAGAAUGGCAUCGAUGGUUUGAUUGGAGCAAAGGGCGAUCGAGGUCCCGUUGGCAGUCCUGGCCCUAAGGGUCAACCUGGACCAAGUGGUGAACCUGGACCUCCUGGACCUGGCCUUCCAGGAUUGUCUGGCACUCCAGGGCCGAUUGGUCUUCCAGGUGAAAUCGGACCAGUUGGACCAAAGGGUGUCGUGGGAUCACCUGGAGCUCCGGGACUUCCUGGACCUCCUGGCAAACCAGGUCCUCCAGGGAAGUUUAUUGGUGGAGAAGAAGGCAGUGCAGACUUCCAGUGUCCUCUUAACUGUCCAGCAGGACCUAAAGGCCCCCAGGGACUGCAGGGAGUCAAAGGACACAAAGGAUGUGCUGGUGUUCUCGGAGACCCUGGAAGCAUAGGAAAACUGGGUCUCAGGGGAGACAGAGGUAUCUCUGGGGAACAGGGUAUCCCAGGACCCCCGGGUCCAAUGGGUCUGAGGGGUUACCCAGGAAUGAUGGGUCCUAAAGGAGAAGCAGGGCCUCGUGGUUACAAGGGAAUCAAUGGGCCUGUAGGAAUUCCUGGGCCCCCUGGUGAGGAAGGGCCCCAGGGACCACCCGGAGAGCCAGGAGAAAAGGGAGACAAAGGCAGCCGAGGCAUCCAGGGCCCACAGGGUGCGGUUGGCAAAAAGGGAGAGAAUGGUCUGCCGGGUAUUGAUGGAAAAGAUGGCACACCUGGUAUUCCUGGAAUAAAGGGUGGCCCAGGCCAGGCUGGGAUGCCUGGUCCUCCUGGUCCUCAGGGAACAGCGGGAUUGCCUGGCAGUCCUGGGACAAAGGGAGGACCUGGAGCUAAGGGUGAGCCUGGACCUAGGGGCCACAUUGGCGUGGCCGGUGCCCCUGGACCUCUGGGUGAGCCUGGUCUUCCUGGUGAACCUGGUAUGGAAGGAGUUCCUGGACCCAAGGGUGACAGAGGCCAGCGGGGGGAAGCUGGGCCACAGGGAGUAGUCGGAAAGCCUGGAGGCAAAGGAGAGAGAGGACCAAUUGGUGUUCCAGGUGCCCAGGGCCUGAGUGGAACUAAGGGAGAUAAGGGCUUCCAAGGAAAAGUUGGGCCAAAGGGAGACGUUGGUGACCCCGGUGUUGAAGGAUUGGCUGGUGAGAAAGGUGAAAAGGGUUUGUCUGGUGAACCUGGGCCUAAAGGACAGCAAGGAAUUAGGGGUGACCUUGGACACAAUGGACCCACUGGAGAUCCUGGCAAACCAGGAGACCAGGGACCACCAGGACUGCCUGGUCCUAGGGGACUCAAUGGAGAGCGAGGAGUUCCUGGCAUGCCAGGCAUUCAGGGUCCACCAGGACGUGAUGCAUCUGACCAGCAUAUUAUUGAAGUGGUAUUGAAGAUGUUGCAGGAGAGGCUAGCAGCAGUGGCGGUGAGUGCCAAGAGGGCUGUGCUUGGUGGAGCAGGUGUAAUGGGUCCACCUGGGCCUCCUGGACCUCCAGGGUCACCUGGCCCUCAAGGGCCACAUGGCCUACCGGGUGCCCGUGGCAUUCCUGGCAUGAUGGGAGGACCUGGACAGAUUGGAAACACAGGACUCAAAGGAAAGAGAGGACCAAAGGGAGAAAGAGGAGAUCCUGGUAAACCCCAUCCAGGACCACCAGGACCUCCAGGAAUAAAUGGUCCUCCUGGUGUUGAUGGCGUGGCCCGAGAUGGCAGGCCUGGUGAGAGAGGACCUCAGGGAGCAGCUGGAGAGGCCGGUUACCCUGGUAAGGCGGGUCCUCCAGGCCUCCCAGGCUUUUGCGAGACAGCGAUGUGUCUGGCUGCAUCAGCAUACACCUCCCCGAGACUACAGGAGGCAGGAACAAUCAAAGGACCCAGUGUUUAGAGACCCGUUUCUCCAUCAGCAGCUCAUAACACCAGGGAGAGAGAGAGAAACGAGGAAAGGAGGAGAGAGGCCACUCUUCUGAGCAGGACAACAUCGAGAAUGAGGAGUAGGGGACAAUAAUAGUGACUGGGUGUAUAGCACCCCCCCGAAACUGACAACCUGAAGUUUUGACAGGUGGGACAUACUCUUGAUCUUAAUCCACCACAUCACCAUGACAGCAGCAGUUCACAGCCACCCACAUCCCUCUGUGUUUUUGGAUGAUGUCAAUAUCUGUCCCAUCCAUAUAUCCCAGCCCUGUUCCAGCAAUGUAAGAGGAACAGAUCUACUGUAUUUUACAUCUACAUUUACCAUGGUAUCUAUGAGCUGAGAGGGGCUGGAAACCAAGUGUGGUGAAAGGUGCUUUACUUUUACACCGUGGUCACUUUAAAAGGUUUUACAUAUGCAAUAUUUUGUUGGUUGAGAAGUAUUUUGAAGUUUUAAAGUCCUGCCUCUCUUGAGACAUCACAGCCGAUGCCUUAAAAGUGUACAAAAUAAAUGAAUGAUUGAAGCCUAAA